AACAACAAACAUGGCGUCGACCAGGACUUCGUCAAAGAAGCCUACAGAGAAAACUCAAGAGAAAAAGCAAAUCCCGCCGCCUACAAAUGUUGCACAGUUUAUGGUGGUGUUGGUGAUGUCAAUCUGUCGAAAAAUACUUCUCAUUGAUACGUCUGUGAAGAUUGGACUGUAUUUUGCCGGCGUCAUCAUCGGUUCAGUUUUGGCUGACAUGGUCCAGCUUCCGAGAACCUACUUAUCCAGUAAAGAUAACUUAUUUAAUCAAUAUUUCGUAAAGCUAGGUUGGGGAUGGACCCUUUUGAUAUUGACUGCCUUUAUUACACAGACAAGUUAUGUGUAUAAUUUGGGUAAAACGGGCAUGGUCAAAGUCCAUUUAUUGAGGCUCUGCAUGGGAACUUUCUGGUGGUAUACAAUGGUAUCCAUGAUAAAUUAUAUCGAGUCUGUGGUUGGAAUUUGUUCAGGGAAAGGAAUUAUUGGAAGAGACGCAUGUAUCAAAAAUGGGAAGUCAUGGCUUGGAUUUGAUAUUUCUGGUCACGUUUUUCUGCUAAUACACAAUCUACUUACCAUAUCGGAAGAAGUGAAGAUAUUUAAAGACUGGAAAAAACUUGGAGAAAUGUUUGAUGACCCUGAUUUGCCUAAAAACAAAAACAUAAAUAUGAAAGACUUUCUUGAAGGAAGGAAGAGUUAUCGAAUUCUCACCCCGUACAUUAAUGUAACCUUUGUAUUUGUAGCACUUUUUACUGUACUUUGGGAAUUUAUGCUGAUUAUAUCGACCGUCUAUAGAUUCCACACUACUUCCCAGAAAGUUGUUGCUGUGUUUAUGGCUGUAGCUUGCUGGUUUGGAAGUUACAAACUUAUUCUAGGAUACUCAAAAACCGGAUCUCUGAAGCUGCUUCUUAAGCCCGGGGAGAGUCAAAUGAAAUUUACAAAAGUUGGAUGAAAACUUUGAUUUAGGAGAUUUCUUAUAUUGUCACUUACACUGAUUCAUGAGGGAUUGUUAUUUACUUAUUUACUAUCCAUAAAUCCAUAAAACAACAUAUUUCAAUUUGUGGAUUUUUUAAUUUAUUUUAUAUAUAUUUUUUUUUUAUUAUUAUUUGUCAUCUCCAUUAUUUUAAUUUUUACCAUGGCAUAGGAAAAUACAAGUCACUAGACUUUAUCAUAUACCUUUAGUUUCCUAGAUAUCGAAAUUUUAGCUAACAUUGUUUUAAAUAAUAUAUUUAUUUUCAGAUUUAACGGUUAACAGUUGUUGAUAGAUCAGAUGACAAAACUAAUUUUUCAGGCCAUUGUACUUGUAUAUGUGCAAUUUUAAGAAAUUGAAAGGCAUGUUUUUUUUCAAUGUGUUCAUUCAACAUUGUUGAAUUUUAUUGUAAAUAUAAAUUACAUGAACUGUAUGUAUAUGCAAUGAAAUAUGUUUAUAGUAAAGUACUCUGGAUCAAGUCUGAACAAACAAAACAGUAAUACUGUAAAACUUCUAUGGGUAUUAAUAUUAUCAAUAUUGCAUACUGUAUUCAGAACAUCUGUAUAGAUUAAUGUGUUAAUUGAUUGAUUCAUGAAUAUUAAUCACAUGAGAUUUUCAGUUUCUGCAUCGUUGAAUAUCCCUUACUCUCCCCAACAAAAAAAGCAAUUGUCAGUAUUAAACACAGGAACACUCUUGAAUUGUUUACAUAAUUAUAUUUUCUAUGCAUAAUGCUAGAAAGGAAAACAUUUACAAUAUUUGUUCAUGACAUAAUUAACACAUUUAAUACAAUUACAAAUGUGCAUCUCUUACACAUGUUAGAUAUUAUAAUCUUACCUAUGAUGGGUUUGGGCAUUAGAGGUAGUUCACAUAUUGGUUGUUAUCAGGAACACAGAAAUCCAAUAUUUAUUAUGGUGCCAUCUGAUCAAUCUAGUCAUGAGCAGAGAACCAAAAUACUUAUAUACAUAUACAUGUAUUCAGGUAUUUGUAUUUUCUGUUUGUUGGGUUUUUAUUAUGUAUUGUUAUCUUGAUUAAAUACUACAGUGCUUUUGUGAACAUGUUAAUGAUCAGUUCAUGUCUUUUCAUGUCUUUUAAUAAAGCAAUAUUCUAUAUUUAUGAAAUCUGCAUGAAGGCAAUCAUCCUAGAUAAUAAAACUGAAACAGAGAAAAAUGAUAAGAAUUCUUUCAGGAUAAUUCAGUGGUCAACAUAAUAUGACUUUGUCAUAUACAUUUAGGAUUAAAAUUUAUUAUAUGGGUCACAAGAGCUUUCUUUUCAAAUACUGUUUUAUUGACUUUUUUUUUUAAUGUAAAUUACAUUUACAUGUAUAAAUACAUUGAAAUCAAAUUUCUUCAAAAACUGUGAUUUUUCGCCCUAUGUUUGAGAGCUUGUGCUUCUUGUUUCAUGCAUAUGACUGUUCUAAUACUGUAUUUGUCUCUUUGUUGUCAUUUUACAAUACUUGUAUGUUGACAAUUGAGUUCCAUUUUUUUUUUAACUUAGUGCAUAUUUCUUAAUGUGUGUAACAUUGUUGUUUCAUUCCUACCUCCGGUUUACUUUAUACUACCCAAAUAAAUGUUGUAUCCAC